AUGCAGCUGCCGCCGGGGCUGCCGGGCCGCCUGGGCUCGGGCCCGGCUGGGGGCCCCUCCGAGUCGCCCCCGCUGCCCGUGCUCCGCCACCCGGCCGCCGGGGCCGCCCCCUUCCGCUUCGCGCCGCGGGCCCGGAGCCUGCCCCGGGGACACCCGUUGUUCGAGGACGGGGACGUGCAGAGGCACGCGUACUUGCAGGACGUCAUCACGCAGGUCUCGCAGGUGCCGGAGCGCCCCCGCGUGGCGGCCUUCGGGUGCCACGUGGCCGGCUGCCAGCAGGAGUUCGGCAGCCUCGAGGCGUACGAGCACCACUACCGGUCGCUGCACACGCACGUGUGCUCCGUGUGCCGGCGCUCCUUCCCCUCCGCACACCUGCUGGACGUGCACAUCCUCGAGUGGCACGACUCGCUCUUCCAGCUGCUGGCGGAGCGCCAGAGCAUGCACCGGUGCCUGGUGGAGGGCUGCCCCGACAGGUUCCGCGGCAGCCGCGAGCGCAAAGAGCACCUGGUCCGGGCGCACCGCUACCCGCCCGACUUCCGCUUCGACCAGCCUCGGAAGGCUGCGGGGGCUCCGGGGGCCGCGGCGGUGGAGGCCAUGGAGGUGUGCCCCGGGGAGGCCCCGCCGCCGCCGCCAACCGGCUCCGAAAGGCGGACCUACGGCCGCAGGAUCCCUUCCACCAUUUGCUUUGGCCAAGGGGCCACUCGAGGAUUUAAAAACGCCAAGAAGAGAAGUGACCACUGACCCCCGCCGAGCGCCUGCUGGGCGCCCUGCCGGGGGAGGGGCAUUGGACAGAAGCCCCCGAGGUGCCGCCGCCCUGGGAUCUCGCCCACCCCGCUUAUGGGAGCCCGGGAAACCAAAGAAGAGCAAGGGGAGGGAAAGGGAACCCCGAGGACACGGCCGGGGGACAGCCCGGGGCUGCAGCUUCCUCGGUCUGCAUUUAUCCCAGACAGUAAGAGGACCCCAGGAAUGGGGGGGGGGGGGGCUGCCUCCCAGAGCAGCCGGGCCUGCUUGGGGCCAGGUACUUCUCCCUCCUCACCCGUAAUAAAGUGUAGAAAGAA